AUGUCUGACCACGGCACAAACCCCUGCGACGACGAGACCCAGAUUGCGUUGGUUUGUGCUUUGGGGGAGUCUGAUGCCGUUUCCCUUCUUUUUGAUGAACCCUGGAACGACAUCAACGACAAAUAUGGUCGCAUCGGCCAGCACAACGUUGCAGUUUCCUUUUCGAGUAUUAGCUCCGACACUACCACUGCUGAAGAUCUGGACCUGCUCUCACGCUAUCCUGCCCUGAAACUUGCCCUCUUCAUUGACGUAGGCAGAAGCAUGCGCACUGUCGGCAAACGUGAAGUGAAGUUGGGCGACGUGCUCAUUAGCAACAUCGUGAUCCAGCACGGCAAGUUGAGGCUCCGAGGUACCGCCGCGAGCAGACAAAGCAACGGCCCGUCCAGCCUUAUUCAAGAGGUAAAAACCGAAUGGGGUAGGAAACGCCUGAUGGACAACACCGCAAAACAUCUGCACACCCUACAGGAGAAGGCAUCGAAGGCGGACUGUGAUCAGAACUACCUACCACCUCAAGUCGACCAUGACCAUGACCAGAUGUUCGUAGACUCCAACGAACAUAAGCAGCCAUGGCGGAGCUCCGACAGAGACGGGGUUGAAGCCAGAUCCUACAGACCUGUCCAAGAUCCAACAAUUGUCAAGAAGCAAAAGAAAGAAGACAGAAUCAGCCCUCGUAUCUUCUUCGUACCCUUUGAACAGUUGGGUCUCACGCUUCCAUCAUUUGAAGAUAGCAUUCCUGGCGAUGAGUUUCCCGGUCUCUUCAUCCGGGGUGUCUCUGGCUUCGUCGACGGUCAGGACAAGGAUGGCGAUGAAUGGCAGCCAUUUUCGGCUGCGGCUGCUGCUGCCACCACAAAGGCGCUUCUUGAGCGAUGCGUCCUAACUGCAUCGAGUGCACAACCGGCAGCCACCACGGAUGCCUAUCGGAUGAUCAACCACUUUGGAGCCCAGAACCACGGUGUACAGGCAGGUUCUAUCGGCACGAUCUCAGGGUUUACCUUUGGCCGAGGAGGAAGCAGCUAA